GUGGUGAAGUUCAAAGUCGGAGAGAAGAAAGCAAGAGCUCUCAGGCAGGGAUACUUGAAGAAGAUGACGGGUAAAAGGGGCAGGAGGAAUAGAAGUAGGUUGGGCCAAGGUUGGUAUUGGGCUGAGGCCCAGGGAGGGAGAGGGGAUUUGGGUUGCUUGUAGGAAUGGGUACGGACGUGGAAUUAUAGAGGUAAAGGGCAUAUAAGGGCCGUCGUCCCAGCCCACUCAAAAUUCUUUUACUGGCCCGGCCCACACACGAAUUUGGCAAACUGCCAAGGCUCCAAUCUGUUUCCUUGUUUUUUUCGAAUUCUUGUUCCGUUUCUCUCUCACCCAACUAUUUUGUUUUUCACUCCGAUUCAAUAUCAUAUUUAAAGUAAGUAAGUAACAAUUGGUCGAGUUCGAAUAGGGCUGGCUUAUGUUCCCAAGCCUAGCCGUCUUCCUGCAGCCAUGGCGACCGGAAAAGAACCAAAGACCAACCCUUGUUCCCCUUUCAGCAAACUCACAGAUGAUCUCCUGCUGGGAGUUCUUAUUCGCCUUCGGUACUGUAGAUCCGCUUGCCGGUGCAAAACCGUCUGCAAGCGGUGGAACUCCAUUAUCUCCGACAACUACUUCUCCCGCCGAUUCGUCGCUCACAACAAGCACCGAUCCGCCGCUGGGGAAAGGCCGCCACCACCCAUUCGGAGUCUCUCAGCCCUUCAUACAAGGAUCUUCAGCUUUCUGCCGAUGCCCGCCCCAUUCCAGCUCUACUUCUUCGAACUCGAUUGCUUCAAGGACUUGCUCUUGCUAGGGUUCCCGAUCUCGCCCAACAGCGUCGAACUGGCCCGAACGUUCAUCGUCUGCAAUCCGUUCACAAAGCAGUGGGUCGCCCUUCCUCUGGCGCCGUAUAGAACCGUAACGACCCCCCAUUACAUUCAUCCAUGGACGGCGAGCCUAGUGUGCGAUUCCGCGAGGUUGGAUUCAGGGGACGAAGAAGCAUUCACUCAUCACUUUGAAUGCCGAUUCCGCGUGGUGCUGAUGCAUAAAUCGGAAUCAGCUUCUUCUAAGCUAGAUGUGUUCUGUUCCGAAUCCGGGGAAUGGACGGCGGUUUCCCUCGGCCUAUUGAAACCGGAUCAUCGGAGCCUGGCUUCGGUCAACGGGAAGUUGUACUGGAGAAACAGGGCAGGCGGCCAAGUUAUUGGGUGGAGUCCUUUCUCGCUGGAAGUGGAAGUGGAAUCCCUUCCCCCUGAAGUUUCAGACCCUGAUCAAUCUGAAUUUUUGUCCUUUUGCGCCUCACAGGAUGCUCUCUACAUGUUUCGGAGAUCCGGAGAUGUCUUGGGUGUUUUCAGCAGGCAUGGCGGGCAAGGCUGGAGGGCAGAGUAUCAGGUGCCAUUACGACGGGGAAUCAAACGCUUCAGUGUAGUCGGUCAACAUCCUGAGAAAUCAGUAAUUGUGUUCCUGCAAUUCUCGUUUACUGCCGAUGCGGAGGAUCGAAUCUACUCUCUGAACUUGAGGACGAGGGUGCUCAAGUUCUUCGCUAAAGACUUGGGUUCCAUGGUUUUCCCGCAGCUCUGGCCUACUCCAAUUCCCAACUAUGAAAAAUUACGAGGCAGCUAUGAUGGAUCGUACAAGGAGGGUUGGCUUCAAUCGAGUAAUCACAUGAACCCAAAACUUCUUCACCCAUGUAUUUUUAUUUGAUUUAUCUGUUAGGUUCUACUGUUGUUAUCUCAUAGUCGGAUUCUCUCAAAUUGUUUGCAUUAGUAUGUGCGAAAAAACUCUUACUACAAGAACCACAUUCAACGAUGUUCGUUCUCCGGUUGUCGGCUUAACUCUAUUGUUGUUGGUCUUCAGCCGGGCGUGAGACCGGUUAGGAACAAGUGGGCAUUCGUUGAACAACAUCUAGAUAGAGCUUUGGUUAAAAGCCGAUAAGUUCAUGAUCGGUUUUACUUGGACUAACAUCGAAGAUCGCUAAGAAAUAAUGGUUAAUAAACCAA